CCCGCUCUCCAAAUGGUGCACACACCAGCACACCGCUGAAAAUGCCUGGGGCGACCGCAUGUUUAUUUUUGGGUCAGUGACAGUAUGUCAAUGGCCGGCAAUGCUUCGCAGCGGGAGGCUCUGAGAUACCAGCAAACCCUGUUGUAUGGGCAGUACAGGGAGCAACUGGGAAGCGCAGCUCAGAAGAAAGCUAGGCAGCUGUUUUACAAAAAUCGGGCACACCCUGCGCCUCAGGGGGCUGGAAAACAUCCCUCAGAAGCUGCUGAAGAAAAUGGCCAAUUCUUCAAGAGGAAGAAGCUGCAUCCUUACUCUGAGUGCAGAGACUGUGUGGCUCGAAUGCACAUGUACGUUGUGGAGAAGCUGGGCGGGGACUGGAUCUUCCUGGUGCUCCUGGGCAUUACCAUGGCCCUGGUGAGCUGGAGCAUGGAUUACGCCAGCACCAAGAGCCUGCAAGUGUACAAGUGGCUGUACAGUGAGCUGAGGGGGAACGUGGCCCUGCAGUACAUAGUUUGGACAGCAUAUCCCAUGGUGCUCAUCAUCUUUGCCUCCCUCUUCUGCCAGAUGGUGGCACCGCAGUCAGUCGGCUCGGGCAUUCCGGAGCUGAAAACCAUCCUCAGAGGGGUCAUGCUGAAGGAGUAUCUCACUCUCAAAGCCUUCCUGGCCAAAGUCAUCGGCCUGACAGCUGCCCUGGGCAGCGGGAUGCCCCUGGGCAAAGAGGGCCCAUUCGUGCACAUAGCCAGCAUCUGCGCAGUGAUGCUGAGCAGGCUGAUGUCCAUCAUCUCUGGUGUGUACCAGAACCACUAUUGUUACACAGACAUCCUGACGGUGGGCUGUGCAGUGGGAGUCGGCUGCUGCUUCGGCAGUCCUUUGGGAGGGGUGCUGUUCAGUAUUGAGGUUACAUCUACCUACUUUGCUGUGAGGAACUACUGGAGAGGCUACUUUGCUGCUACUUUCAGUGCAUUCAUAUUCAGAGUUCUGUCUGUAUUUAACAAGGAUGCAGUCACCAUUACGGCUCUCUUCCGCACAAACUUCCGCAUGGACUUCCCCUUCGACCUCCAGGAGCUUCCCGCUUUUGCAAUCAUAGGCAUUUCUUGUGGAUUUUUCGGUGCCUCCUUUGUCUACCUCAAUCGGCAGUUGGUCCUGCUGAUGCGAAGGCGGAACACGCUGACCAGCUUCCUGACUCGGCAUCUACUUGUCUAUCCAGGUGUGGUGACCUUUUUGAUUGCAAGUAUAACGUUUCCUCCUGGAUUUGGACAGUUUCUUGCUGGAGAGCUGAUGCCCAGGGAAAGUAUCAAUUCCCUUUUUGACAAUUUCACCUGGUCCAAAAUCUGGGACUCCCCGGCGCCCCCUGGCCUGGGCAAGUCGGCUGCAUGGCUGCACCCUGAUGUCAACGUCUUUGUCAUCCUGCUCCUUUUCUUCAUCAUGAAGUUUUGGAUGUCAGCCGUUUCCACUACGAUGCCCAUUCCCUCCGGUGCCUUCAUGCCCGUCUUCAUACUCGGUGCCACCUUCGGCCGAUUGGUCGGGGAAAUAAUGGCCACUCUGUUCCCCAGCGGGAUCCUGUUUGAUGGGAUUGUGUACCAGAUCCUUCCGGGAGGCUAUGCGGUCAUUGGAGCAGCGGCUCUGACGGGGGCCGUGACCCACACCGUUUCCACCGCCGUCAUCUGCUUUGAGCUGACGGGCCAGAUCUCGCACAUCCUACCCAUGAUGGUGGCUGUGAUCCUGGCCAACAUGGUGGCCCAAGGGCUGCAGCCGUCGCUCUAUGACUCUAUCAUUCAAGUCAAGAAGCUGCCCUACCUGCCGGAGUUGGGCCCUGGACACUUCAGUCACUACGACAUAUUUGUGGAGGACAUAAUGGUCAGGCGAGUAAAAUUCCUCUCAUCACGGUCGACGUACAGGGAGCUGAAUAAUCUUCUGGAGUCUGCGUCACUCACAACCAUCCCCCUCGUUGAAUCAAAGGAGUCCAUGACCCUACUGGGCUCCAUAGAGAGACCUGAACUGCAGGAUCUCCUCGAUUGGUGGCUCUCUGCCGAGAGACGUCUUCUCAGCCAAAGCCAGGGCCUUCGAGGUCAAAGUGUGGGCCAACAGGCCAGAGUGGAAGCGUUGGCUUCUGUAGACGAAGACGCUGGGGAUGGAUGUGGAAUCAAGAAAACCCCCCUACCAGAAGAGAGAAGACCCCUCCCAGCCAUGAACGCCAGAGACCCUCCUGUGAAUCGGAUAGUUGCAGACAAACGCCCCCUACAAGCAAUGAGGAGAACACUGCAGAGUUUAUUUUCUUCCUCCACAGACAGGCAGACAUGUGAACACACAGAGGUGCCUGCUUCUCCUGAACUUGUGGAUACAAUGUCUCCAGAGGAGGUCAAGGCAUGGGAGGAGACUGCACUGGAUAAGCCUAUAGACAUGGAGCAGGUGCACUUUGAUCCCUCACCCUUCCAGCUGGUGGAGAGGACCUCACUGCACAAGACUCACAUGCUCUUCUCCUUGCUGGGCCUCAGCCGCGCUUACGUUACCGGUGCUGGGAAGCUUGUCGGAGUCGUGGCGCUGAAGGAGCUACAGAAAGCCAUCGAGGGCUCGACUCGCAGCGGGGAACGCCUGCGCCCUCCUCUGGCCAGUUUCAGAGAUUCCAGUCACAAACCUGCCAAAUCCCACCAGUCACCAUCCUCCCCAGUCCUGUCCGCACGGCAAGAGAGGGAGCCAAAGGUGUGGAUAGAAGAGGAGGAGGGAAGAGCAGAAAAGGAGGGAGAUGAGGAGAAGGAAGAUGAGGGCAGCACUAACGGACAGGCCUCCACAGGUUUGUCGUUGCUGCACCCUGAGCUACAGCAAGACGACGCUUCUGACAACAUAAACAAUGAAGAUUACGUGUAGACUAGGGUCAGGCACUUUUAGAAUAUAGAAUAGAAUAGAAUGUAUUUUUAUUAUCAUUGUAGAUACAGACAGGGACUCUUUCUUCAUUCUUCUUGAUUUCUGGUUAGUCCUUCAAAAAUGUUUGGAUAGAGCUUUAGAUUCAAACCACCUGUUCAAUAAUCAUGCCAGUUAAUCAUCCAUCCAUCCAUUUUCCAAACUGCUUAUCCUACUGGGUCGCGGGGGGUCCGGAGCCUUUCCCGGAAGCAAUGGUCACGAGGCAGGGAACAACCCAGGAUGGGGGGCCAGCCCAUCGCAGGGCACACUCACACACCAUUCACUCACACAUGCACUCCUACGGGCAAUUUAGUAACUCCAAUUAGCCUCAGCAUGUUUUUGGACUGUGGGGAGAACCGGAGUACCCGGAGGAAACCCCACGACGACAUGGGGAGAACAUGCAAAUUCCACACAUAUGUAACACAUGUCAAUUAAUCAACUAAAAAAAAAUUGGUGUGGGCCAGUCAAGUUCUUCCACACCAAACUCAGCCAACUCUGUCUAUAUGAACCUUGCUUUGUGCACUGGGGCACAGUCAUGUUGGAACAGAAAAUUCCUUCCCCAAACUGUUUCCAUAAAGUCCGAAGCAUAGAAUUGUCCAAAAUGUCUUGGUAUGCUGAAGCAUUAAGAGUUCCCUUCCCUGGAACUAAGGGGCCCAACCCAACCCCUGAAAAACGACCCCAUACUACAAUCCCUCAUCCAGCAAACUUUACAGUUGGCACAAUGCAGUCAGGCAGGUAAUAUUCCCCUGGCAUCCGCCAAACCCAGACUUAUCCAUCAGACUGCCAGACAGAGAAGCGUGAUUCGUCACUGCUCCAGUGUCCAGUGGCGGCGUGCUUCACAACACUGCAUCCGAUGCUUGGCAUUGUGCUUGGUGAUGUGAGGCUUGCAUGCAGCUGCUCGGCCAUGGAAGCCCAGUCCAUUUAGCUCCCAGCGCACAGUGUUUCUGCUGGGGUUAAUGGCAGAGGAAGUUUGGACCUGUGCUGUUGAGUCAGCAGAGUGUCAGUGACUUUUACACACUAUGCACCUCAGCACUGCUCUGCUCUGUUACUUUACGUGCUCUGUCACUUCCUGGCUGAGUUUCUUUUGUACUUGAAUGCUUCCACUUUGCAAUAAUUCCAUGUAGAAUAUCUAUCAUGGAAUACCUAGCAGGGAAGAAUUUCACAAAAUGUGUCAUUCUAUGAUAUUGCCACAGUCUAAUUCACUGACCUCUUCAGAACAACCCAUUCUUUCACAAAUAUUUGUGCUGACUGCAUGACUGGGUGCUUCAUUGUAUACACCUAUAUCAAUGGGUCUGAAUGAAACACCUGAAUUCAGUGACUGAGAUGUGUGUCCCAAUACUUUUGCCCAUAUAAAAAAAGUGUAUGUCUGUCAUCCAAAGAUAAAUCAGUAGCACAAAUAAAUCAAUAUAUCAAAUGACAACUUGCCAGUGGAAGUUUUUAGUCUCUUAAUACCGUUCAUACAUCUAGAGUAUGUCUGUAUUUCAAAAACAGGCCUUGCAUUAGUUGUUUUCUCAAAGGCAUGCUAAAAUAUUCUUCUUUUUGUGUUAUACAGCGUUUCCGGAGUCAAACAGGAAUUUCAGGGUCAGUUGCACACAUUACAAAUAUCAUAACUCAACUGUACUGGGAAAAUUUAACUUUAUGUUUCUAUUGACUGGGAAAACUGCACUGGUUAACUGGACUGGAUAACUGCCAGCA